AUGCCGAGUAUAUGCUUCGCAGUUGAGCAUUUUGGGGUUUGCUGCAAAGGUGGAUGGUGGUUUUGGGAUUUGUUAGUAGAGGAGAGUGUAGCAGUCGGUGGUGUUCAGAGGAAAGUCCUCUUGAGAGACAAGUUCGAGGAACACCCAGACGACAAACACAUGCAUUGCACUGCACAACUUGCAGAAAUGCUCAACCAAUGUGCUCAGGAACUGCAAAAGAGUUCAGAAAAUAACUACACGCACAAUUUUCUAAUGGAGGAGAUAAAGGUUCUUGAGCAAACCAGAGGCAUUGGGCUACCAAAUUUCCUUCCUCGCACGGCUUUUCUCAUGCUCCUGCAGAAAAAAGUAAAUGAGAUAUCAGCACCACCAGUUCAGUUUCUCUCUGACGUAUGGGACUACAUUGAGACAGUGGUGGUUGCUUCAUCUACAAGAAGAGCAGCCCAGAACAUUAUUGCCAAGAGGAAGGAAAUUUCAGUUGAUCGAGUGGUGGAGAUAAUUGAGAUGGAGAAGAUCACCGCUUACACUUGCGAUCCUGAAUAUAUGACACUACGAGGUAAGCUCAUGGCUAACAAUAACGUCUUCCUUGACGUUAUGAAUAAUAAUUGGAAGUCCACACAGAUCACUUUUGAUGGUUUUGGGGAAGUUGAAGUUGGGCAUUUGCGGCUCUUCCCUAAUAUUAGAGACCACGCAUUUGACAUAAAAAUGAGAAUUACUGCGUACUGGAAGAUUGUUCUGAAAAAACUUGUUGAUUGCAUGGCUCUGCACCUGCAAUUUAGUGUUAAGAGUCUGGUGAACGGGGACAUGGAGAUGGAGAUAGUGAAUGAACUCAUGGGUCCUCAUGGUGGUGGACUCGAACAGUUGCUAGAAGUAGCGCCAUCGAUUGUCAUAAAGCGUGAGAGAUUGAACAAAAGUCUCAAGCUGCUGAAGGACUCUAAGGAAGUCGUUGCUAAGGUCAUGGACAGAACUGCCAUCAAUGCUGAUUAG